GCGAACAUGGCGGCUCGCAUCUGAUAGAAAGUGAGGAAUCUCUCAUCAAAAUACCUUGUCCAAACGUUUAUGUGGAGGGAACUGGCAAGGCCCCUGCCUAUCUGACUUCAGCUAAUCUGGAGCAGCACACUCCCCAGAGGCAUCAUGGGUAGAACACCGCACAGAGAUCAAAAAGAGGAGAAGAAGGAGAGACGAAGCAGCAUCACAGCAGGCUCCGCUCUCGACAAAUCGAAUGAGCCAUUCAGUUGGGAGGAGUACCUGAAGGAAACCUCCUCCAUCGCAGCCUCGCCAAACUGCUUCAGACAGGCCAGGGUUCCCCCCUCCAAUGACUUCAAAGCUGGUAUGAAACUUGAGGCGCGUGACCCCCGCAACUCCAACUCUGUGUGCAUCGCCACGGUGAUGGGCAUGAUGGGCACUCGUCUUCGCCUGCGUCUGGACGGCAGCGACAAUACCAAUGACUUCUGGCGACUGGUGGACUCGUCAGACAUCCAGCCAAUAGGAACCUGCGAGAGGAACGGAGACAUGCUGCAGCCCCCGUUAGGUUUCAGGAUGAACGCCUCCUCAUGGCCCAUGUUCCUCUUGAGGACGCUGAGUGGAGCAGAGAUGGCCCCUGCCUCUGCCUUUAAGAAGGAACCGGCCCGCCCCUCUAAGAACUACUUCCAGCCUGGUAUGAAGCUGGAGGCGGUAGACAGGAAGAACCCCUACCUGAUCUGUCCGGCCACGGUCGGAGAGGUCAGAGGUCAGGAGAUCUUUGUCAUGUUUGACGGCUGGAGGGGCGCCUUCGACUACUGGUGCUCCUACGACGCGAGGGACAUCUUCCCCGUGGGCUGGUGUGCCCUGACCAAACACAGCUUACAGCCGCCUGGGAACUUCUUUACUCUUCCUGGUGCGCUCCUCGCCCCUGUCUCCUCCAGCUCAGCGUCCCUCCCCACACGACGCUCCUCCUCCACCCCUUCGUCCUCCAUGCAGACCUCAUACCGCCUGCCCAACCCCUUGCCGCCCCUCCCUGUCCGUAAGGGGGUCCGAGGUCGGCGGCCUAAAUCCCAGACCAUUGCCUUGCUGAAGGCAGCAGCUGAGGCUGCAGCGGCGGCGGCGGCAGUAAAUGGGGCAUCUCAGAGCCCUGCCAGAACUAGCUCUGCAACUCAGCUGACCCCCAGACCACACAAGAAGAGAGGGCCCAAGCCUGGUAGCAAGAGGAAGCCCCGGGUGGUGCAGUCCCUGGGGACAUCAUCAGUUACAGCGGCACCCCCAGAGACCAGACUGAGCUUCAGCCAAGCCUCUGCUGACAACAGCCAUAGCAACAGCCCAAAUGUAGUUUGCACAGUGUGUGUGUACGUGAACAAGCACGGUGACUAUGGUCCUCACCUCGACCGCAAACUCGUGCAGCAGCUUCCGGACCACUUUGGCCCAGCUCCGGUCAACGCGGUGCUUCAGCAGGCGGUCCAGGCCUGUGUGGACUGCACCUACCAGCCCUCGGUGCUGCUGUCGUUCCUACAGAGCCAAGCCCACACAGGCGGAGAGGUCAUCAGAGUGCGGUCGGAGCACGGGAUCCGCUAUGUGAAGCUGCCCUCUGCCUCCAGUGCCUCCUCUGUGCUGCGCUUCCUGGAGACCAUGUGCCAACAUCUCCAGAGCGACAGUCUGUUCAGCUCCCAGCCCUUCAGCCCCUACAGCAACACACGCCUCUACAACAGGACCAAGUCAGAACCGCUGACCCACACUGAGAACGGCCUGCCGAAUGACGAUUCCACAAAGGAUGCGGCUCCCAGCACGCGCUCCCACCGCACCACAUCAGACUACCGAGCGCCGCAGACAGAGCGGCCAUACUACCCCAGACAAACACACACACCGCCGCCCUUAAGACGAGUCAACUCGAACCCCUCUGAACAUGGCCCAGUGCGCACACACAGACGAGUGGAGGCAGCUAGCUCAACAACAGGCCCAGAUCAUGUUACACAGGACAAGGAGGGCUCGGGCCACGACGCCUCUUCCUGGUCGGUUGAUGAUGUCAUCCGGUUUGUGCAAGAGGCUGACCCCCAAACCCUCGGCCCACAUGUCGAACUGUUCAGGAAACAUGAGAUUGAUGGCAAGGCUCUGAUGCUGCUGCGGAGUGAUGUCAUCAUGAAGUACAUGGGGCUGAAGCUGGGCCCGGCGCUCAAACUCUGUCACCACAUCGAGAAGCUGAAGCAGACCAAACAAUAGGCGAUGAAGGCACUCUUCCUCAGUGACACACACACACACAUACACACAGACUUAACAGGGAUGUAUUGCAGCGUAUACCCACUUUAACUCACUUUUUAAGUUUGCAGAAUAGUUUAUAUUUUUAGGCAGACAUGAAUCCAGCAUAUGCAUCCUAGAAGGUGGCAUUAGACAGAUUAUUAUGGUUAGCUGAUGUGAGUGUAGGUAUGCACAUAAAUGAAUACUACUCUUGCAAAUACAGUCGGAUUUUGUUAUCCACUUUUUAAUUUCCCGCCUAAUCUCUGCACACACACACACACACACACACACACACAUACACACUUUAGGGGUCAAUGGUUGCCUGUCAGAGUUUCGGGAUGGACACUCUGCAAUCAAGUUUUGGAGGGUUAGUUCAGGUAUCGGCAGUGGACCGCUCGCUGCGUCGUUUUUAACAAUGCAAUAACACAACCUUUCUUACUGAUCGCUUCUCUCACAGCCUGUCGUCUGAAUCUCAUUUGUACAAGCAAGCAGGUGAAUGUAUGAAGUCAUAUGAGCGUCAUUGCUAAUAGAUACAGGGCAAUCUGAGUGCCUAUAAACGAAUAGAGAGAGGGACUGAAGGGUUUCAUUCCAAAAUGUGAUGUAUCCGUUUUGGACAGCUCGCCAAAAUUAAUCUGUGAAUAUUUAUAUUUACAAAAAAACAACAACAA